GAAAUGAGUAAUUUAAGAUAAUUAGAGAAUUGGGGGGGAGGUAAUGUAAAGCGUGGUACUCAAUACUCAAAGGUCUUCAAAUGCAAAGAGCCUGUUUCUAUAAGCUAGACCAAAUCAUAUUAGUGAGCAGUGAAUACUAAUCCAAUGAUAUCUAUUAUGGCUGUAAAGGGAAAGUGUUCAAGCUUAUCACAAAAGUAGCUGUGAUUUUUUUGUCAAUUUUUCGUCUAAUUGUUCAUUGUAGGGUUAUGAAGUGCUACUUCUUGAAAUGCUGUAUAUAUAUAUUUCUUUCAAAGGCUUUAGUGUUGUUAUAUUUAAAGGAGUGUUGAUUAAAUGGAGUUCUUUUCUUCCGUUAUUCAAUUUUCAGUUUUUUGACGAGUUAGCUCAUGGAAAGAAUUGUGGUGUGAAGCUGACAGAAUUAGCAGAUAAACCUUUAAACAAAAAGAUUAAGUUUUCUGAUUCCGAUUCUUCUAGUUCUGAUGAUGAUAAUGAGGAAGAAGAGGAGGACGGGAAGGUGGCUGAGGAUGAGAAUAAGGAGGUUCCUGAGGAAGAGUCUAAGUCUCCCAAGAAGCAAAAUGAUCCUUCUAAUGAAAAUAAAACCACUGGAGUUCUCAAUCCUCGUCAAGGGGACACUGUAGCCUCUGAAAAUCAAACAGAGGAAAAAUCAAAUGAAAAUGAAAGGGAUAUGAAGUGUCCUGAAGUUCAAUCAGAGGAUGUUGAGGAGCCACCAAAUAAGAAACACUGCAUUGAAGCAGAUGCGUCAAAAAAUAUUAUAAAGGAAAAAGAGAAGUCCAUUGAUCAACUGAUUGAGGCUGAACUUGAGGAAUUGGGAGAUAAGAACAAGAGACGGUUUUUCAAUCUUGAUUCGGGAUGUAAUGGUGUUGUCUUUAUCCAAAUGCGGAAGAGUGAUGGAGAACCUGGUCCUGAGGCUGUUGUGCAGCAUAUGAUGACUUCUAUUGCUUCAACAAGGAAACACAUAUCAAGGUUCAUACUUCGAGUACUGCCAAUUGAAGUGGCAUGCUAUGCUUCAGUUGAGGAGAUCACGAGGGCAAUAAAGCCUCUAAUAGAAAAGAACUUUCCUGUUGAAAGUCAAAGUCCUGUAAAGUUUGCAGUAUUAUAUGAGGCCCGUGCAAAUACUGGCAUUGACAGGGCAACUAUAAUUAAUACAGUAGCAAAAUCUGUUCCUGAGCCUCAUAAAGUUGAUUUAAACAAUCCUGAAAAAACCAUUGUGGUUGAGAUUUGCAAGACAAUUUGCUUGAUUGGAGUGGUGGAGAAGUAUAAGGAAUUUUCCAAGUACAAUCUGAGGCAGCUUACAUCAAGAAAGUAAUAGGAUAGGUUAUUUAUUUGUUUUUCGUGUCUGUUUCAGCUUUGGACACUUUUUAAUGUUCAAAAUGUAUGCAACACCUAGCUUGAUGUGUGGUUAAUUUAGAAAAUUUUGGAACCAAACGAACAUAUUAUAUAGCUGUUGGCAUAUAACAAAAUCUGAUAACUUUAUGUGUUCUAGAA